UCCACCCACCGCCCUCCAUGGGCCGGCGCUGCCGGCGCUGAGCGCCGGGAGGCAGCGCCCGGCUGCCGCGAUGAGCGGCGGGGAGGUGGUUUGCUCGGGCUGGCUCCGAAAGUCACCGCCGGAGAAGAAGUUAAGGAGAUACGCAUGGAAGAAACGCUGGUUCGUCCUGCGCAGUGGUCGGAUGAGUGGUGACCCUGAUGUUCUGGAGUACUACAAAAACGACCACUCCAAGAAACCUUUGCGUGUGAUCAACCUCAAUUUCUGUGAGCAAGUGGAUGCAGGCCUGACCUUCAACAAGAAGGAGCUGCAAGACAGCUACAUCUUUGACAUCAAGACCAGUGACAGGACCUUCUACCUGGUGGCUGAGACUGAGGACGACAUGAACAAAUGGGUUCGCAGCAUCUGCCAGAUCUGUGGCUUCAACCAGUCUGAGGAGAACACAGACACCCUGAGGACCAUUGCCUCCAUGAACCAUGCACCACGGUCCUCCCCAGCAGAGCUCAGCGGCGCCAGCCACCACCUGCUACGAGAGCGCAAGUCCUCAGCACCAUCCCACUCCAGCCAGCCCACCCUCUUCACCUUUGAUUCACCUGCCGGCCACCUCCAGAGCACCCUGUCUGCCAGUGCCCCCCAGGACUACCUUUUCCUCCACCAGUGUAUGAGCAGAAAGUCAGAAAAUGCAAGGAGCGCCAGUUUCUCCCAAGCUACUAGAUCCGCCUUCUUCAUGCGGAGCGACACGGCGGUCCAGAAGCUGGCACAGGGCAAUGGUCACUGUGUGAACGGGGUCAGUGGGCAGCUCCAUGGCUUUUACAGCCUGCCAAAGCCCAUCAGGCACAACUCGGAGUUCAGGGACAGUGCGUACGACCUCCCGCGCUCCUUCGGUUCCUACACCCACCCCAAGUCCAGCCUCACCAGCUCCGAAACGGAUAAUGAGGAGGUCUACACCUACAAGACUCCCAACAACACCCUGUGCAAGGAGUUUGGGGAGCUCUCCACGGACUCCUACGACAUCCCUGCCACCCCACUCUCCAUCUACCAGAUCCCCAGGACAUUUACACUGGACAAGAACCACAACGCUCUGGCUGUGGCCGCCAGCGACUCACCUGCUGCGCCGCCCCCUCGACCUCCAAAACCUGGGCAGACAGAGCCAAGGUGGGGCAGCCCACCCCAGAGGCCCCAGCCUGGUGAAAACUCAGGUCUGGGCCCCAUGGCAGCCACCAUUCCCCGGAGAAACACGCUGCCAGCAGUGGAGAACAGCAGGCUGCACCGAGCUUCUUCUUGCGAGACGUACGAAUACCCCCAGCACGGGGGAGGCAGCAACGUGCAGUCGGUCGAGUCGAUGAACGACGGGUACAACUCCUACCUGCAAGCCAAGGCAGCGGUGGCCCGCACCCACAGCACCGACUCCGAGGACAACUACGUCCCCAUGAACCCCGGUUCCUCACCCCUGAUCCACGCCGAGAAGGCCAACGACAAUGCCCAAAAUCUCUACAUCCCCAUGAGCCCUGGGCCGCAUCACUUUGACCUGGUGGGGUUGUCCUCAGCCACCCUCCCCGUGCACAAAGGAGGAGCCAUGGCCCAGUGCCACAGACGGUUGAGUGAAAUCCAACCCCCACCAGUCAACCGCAACCUCAAACCCGACCGGAAAGCAAAGCCAUCACCUCUGGACCUGAGGAACAACACUGUUAUCGAUGAGCUUCCCUUCAAAUCACCAGUCACGAAAUCCUGGUCCAGGCCAACCCAGACCUUCAACGCCGGCUCUCUGCAAUACUGUCGCCCUGUCUCCUCCCAGAGCAUCACCAGCACUGACUCAGGAGACAGCGAGGAGAACUACGUGGCAAUGCAAAACCCCAUUUCUGCUUCUCCUGUUCCUAGUGGCACCAACAGCCCAGCACCUAAAAAGAGUUCGGGGAGUGUGGAUUAUCUGGCCCUGGACUUCCAGCCAAGCUCACCAGGGCCACAUAGAAAGCCCUCCACCUCGUCGGUUGCCUCAGAUGAGAAGGUGGAUUAUGUGCAAGUGGACAAGGAGAAGACCCAGGCUCUGCAGAGCACCAUGCAGGAGUGGACCGAUGUGCGGCAGUCGUCGGAGCCCGCCAAGAGCACGAAGCAGUAGCGCCUGGGGCAAGCAGUGAAACAGGCAGAUGUCCUGGUGGUUGUUGUCCCCAGCUGGGGCCUGCUGGGCUGCCAGCUCCACUUGGGCUGGAUCUCUUAAGACUCGACUGCAGAGUGGAGGGGGUCUUCAUUUUUUUUAUAUUUUUUUUUUCUUUUAAGACAAAAGGAAACUUAAUUUCAGGGGAAGACUUGGCGGAUACUGUUUGCCAGUGAUAGAGACCAGAUGUGUUUGGUGGCAAGGACUGUGCUUUAGCUGCUGGAUGCACUAUCCAGGAGCUUGAACUUAGCAAUACCAGUUUUCACCCUACACAUCUUUUGCUUACAGCUAUUAAAGCCACCGUCUACGUGCUAGCACUGCAUCAUCUCUCCCCGUCUUCUUCCAUGCCAUCCUCCCAAACCAUGCCAUCCACCUUUGCAGCAUCUCUCAUAGGACAUCAUCCCCAGCUCUGAUCCCCCAUUCCUUAUGGUUGCCCUCUUCUCUGCCUCCUCCCAAUCCCAGAACUGAGCAAGGGCCAUUCCUUGUGAAAUCAUUGUUCCAUCUCUUGUAAAUAAUGUGUUCAAAACCUCUGAGAGCUAUUCUCCUCCUGAUGGAGGAGACAGCCUCCAUGGGUUUGGUUGUGGUUGUUCACCUUCAGGAGCCUGAAAAGCAUCCAGAAUGUCCCACUGAGCUGACUUUGAAGCCCAGGACUUGUCCCAUCAUACACACACAUAAUAUGGCAGCACAUGCUCACACACAUACAUGCAUGCAUGAAACAGCAAAGUUUGUUGGGGUGUCUUCUUCUGUUUAUGCUCUCCAGCAUCUCUCAAAGUCAGUGGGCUGGAGAGAUUGGCUUUGGAGGGCAGAAUUUAAGCCCUGACCCAUGGCCUAUCUGAAACCAAUUGCCUUUGUAUCUGGCCCUAAGAACCAAAAUCUGCCCUUUGUGUCACCAAAAGAAGCCUAUGAAGUAAAAGUUCUACCUCUGUGGCCAUCAUGGGAAACUCUAUGGUUGAGUAUGAGGAGCACAGGGAGGCUCUGGAGACCCUGUGUAUCUGGACUGGCAUGAGGAUGAGUGACAAGGAGGGGGUGGGAGGCUGUUGCGAGGACUGGGAGAAGGCAGAGGCUGGACUGCAGAGGAUGGUCUUGGGUGAGGAGGUCUGGUGGAGUGUAUUUUGGAGGAAAGGAGUAGAGUAAUUUAAAUGUUGGUUGAUAUGAGGCCUUAGGCUUGGGAAGAGGCCAGUCAGGAAAGUGAGAGCAAGGUGUUUCAGUAUUAGCUUUGAUGUAGCAUUAUGGUAGGUUUGUGGUGGGUGCAAAGGGUUGGACUAGAUAUGUUUUCCCAAUCUUCAGCAAUGAUUCUUCAACCCAGAAAUGGGGCUGGUUGAUGUUAGUGACCCUAGGCUCUAAUUAUGGGUGGGAGUCUGCUAUUGCCCCUCGCCAGCAUCCUUGGCACAUCCAGGCUUGGAGAUGGCUUCCCAGGCAGAUGCUGGGCGCAGAGAGCUGAAAAGGAUGAGACAGUUUACUGCAGAGAUAAUAAUUCAUGAUCUCAUGAAAACAGGAAGGACUGAUGAUUGCCAUGGAGCAGCCUGAUUGCCAGACAGCAAGUGUUGACACAAAUAAACAGGCCAACCACAAUCCCAGAGCCAAACGAAGGAGACAUUAGAAAGAUUAGGUAAUAAUGUUUAUGAGGUGUCCCUGCCCAUGCAGGGGGGCUGGAACUAGAUGAUCUUUAAGGUCCCUUCCAGCACAAACCAUUCUGUGAUUAAAUAGCUGAAGCUUUUCUUUCUGCAAGCUGAAGCCCUCCCAGUGCCACGGGCUCUUGUGCCCCACCAACACCACCAAGCUGCAUUGAUUACUGAUGCUUAAGCCUUAACACAUUUGUUUAAGAUUGGUCUGAGUUUGGAAAGGGCCAGAAGUGACCCACCCAGGGAUAGGAUACCAGUCCCCUAAGGGCUGCCUGCUGGUAAAAUAAGUCUUGAACUUCCAACACCAGUUUAUAUUUUCUUUUCACGUGCCAUGAAAGGGAAAGAUAUUAAUGGAAAAGCUCUGACGACCCUUUUAAGACACUGAAGUGUUGGCCUUUUACAGAAAUAAUGAAGAAAGAUCCCAGUGCUCAUGGGAAAGCAAAUAAUGAUCUAGGAUUUGAAAUAAAUUUUUAAAAAAAUACCCAAAAUGGGAAAUUUAGCACAGCCAGAUGCUUUUUGAAGGCUGGGGAGUGUGUUACAGCCUGUUUCUUGUUGGGGGCCUGCAGGCUUGCAUGGUGAGCUAAUAAAAUGAAGAGCAGAGUACAGUGCUUUAUAUUUCUAUAGCCCCUUUCAUCACUGCCUCUCAGGGGAGACUAAACAUUGGGCCUGAUCCAGAGCCCACUGAAGUGUGUGUCAGUGUGUGCUCAAGUGGCUGGGACCAAGCUCCCCAUCCUCAAUGAAAUUGAGAGAGAAGGAUGAUGGGACAUGCUGGUUGUAUUUCCCUGCCAAAAUUGUGCUGUUCUCCUCUAGCAUUAAAACGUAGUCACUUCUGGGGUGGAUUGCAGCAGUAGUUUGGGGAAUGGCUCCUCAUGCUGCUUUGGGUCUCUCUCCAUAAAACAGUGCAACUACUCUCGAGACAAAACUGAGCCCAGCUCCAGGCUAAACAAAUCUUGAACAGGACCAAAAGCCAGGGGAAAUCAAGUGAUAGCCUAUACUCAGAUUGAGUCUUUUUCUCCACCUGGGAGAUGGGGAGCUCAACAAGUCCCAAAGGUGUCUUGGAAGUGGGUAGGAGAGAGGAAGGCAGCAGCAGGAGUAAUUUCUGAUGGUUCAGUGGUUUGAGAGCCAACACAAGGGGUUGGGAUGUGUUUUGCUGAGUGGGUGCCCUGUGCUUCUGUGCUGGGACUAGGUGCACGCAGUGCCCACUAUCACAUUUAACCCAAAGCACUAGUUAAGACUAGAAAAGCCCUUCAUGGUAGUGGAGAAGCUAGUCCUUUUUCUCCAUGUCCCACAAAGGUCUGUAUUUGUCCAUGGAGCAGGCAGUAACAUGGGACAGCUCAUUCCCCUGGGUCACCUCCCUAUUUAGAUGAUUUGUUGUCAUGAGUGUUCCACUCACUCUCCCUUUGCAUUUGUCAGACCAAGGACUAAAACAGUUUCAGAAGUAGCUGUUUUCCAGCUGCUGGUUCCUGGUCCCUCUCUUUGCAGUGAGGCCUGUGUUUUCCCAGAAAAAAAAAAAAAAAAAAAGAGAGAUUCUUCCAUUUUUUUUCCUGCUAAGCCCCAAGAAAACGGCUCCUCCAAACGAGGUAGCAGCCCACAGACUCUAUGCAUUGCCUUAUAGACAUGACUAUAUCAACUCCCCUGAAAGCAGUUAAGUAAUCAAUGGCUGCAGUGGAAAUAGUCAUUCCUGGUGGUUGCCAAGCUGAUUACAGCAGUCCCUGAUGAUUAAUGUUUGUGCAGUAUUUAGUCUUAAACCAUAUUGAAAAGCAGCUGCUUUAAUUACACCGACUGCCAAGAACUUUGUCCUGGAGGCACUGAUUUUAUCACAUCCACUCUAUGCUUGGAUGCUCAAGUAUGACUGACUUUUGUUAGAAAUAGGAAUUUUAGGAAGCUGAGAACAUUGCAAAUUAUUCAUUUUAAUUGCAAUUGAAGUGGCUUGAGUCUUCAUGUCAGAGCCUGCUCUUCAGCUCUAUGGUCUCAUUUAAGGAAAGGGAUGUGCUUGCAUGUGUGUGUGUGCUCAUGGAGAAGGGUUGUCUGAGAGACAAGCAGCAUGAGAUGAAUAUUUAGUUUUAUGAAGAACCAGGGCUGUGGCUCAAAGCUCUCCCUGAGCUUUAAAAUGACUAAGCUGGUGGGUUAAAAGGCAGAAGUCUCCAAAAGUGUGUAGCCCUUGUUGUGAGUGUGUGACUGCUCCUCAUGGUUCCUCCAUCUGGUGAGAUGUGUGACCUGCUUUGCAGUUUAUUUGCUCUGAACUGACACUUGAGUGUGCAGUGGGAAAUACAUUUCCAGCUCUAGAUAGAUACCUGGCUUAGGCUUAGUCUCAAGCUGGACAGAGAAAAUACAUGUGAGUGAAGAUUGUGCCAGGGCAAAGCUGAAUGCCUGGCAGAAGAGGCCAAAUCUGGAGCCAGAACCAAAAGGUAGCUAAGGGCAUGGGGGCUACCUGGGAUGGAUUUUGACCCAGGGCCACCAGCCACUGACAAGGGUGAUGUGUAGGGGAACAUGAGGUGGGGAAGAAAGAAGGCAGAGGAGCUUGCCAACAAGAUUUGAGUCUCGAUCCUCAUCAUGUGCUCCUGUGGCAUGAGCCUUAAGUCAGAGAUUGGUGGGUUGUGGAGUGGGUUUUUGCUCAGUAAAAGCCAUGCAUUGAUGGGACAGGAGCUCCCAUCACUCUCAGGGCUUACCCAGGGCACUUCACCCUCCUGGGGGUCAUCCUGCCUGACAACAUGAUGCCUUGACACUCUGGCUUUGAGGAAACCCUGGUCAAUGCACCCAGCUCUGAGCUGGGCAGGAGAAGCCCUACUAGAAAUAUGGUGGGGAAUUGGACAUGCUGGGAGACACCUUGCUCUGGGGCUCCAUGAACUGAUUAUGGGGCAGCAGUGCUAUGGCUUCACAGGGUUGUCCUGUGAGGUGUCACCUCUGUCCUCAGAGUUUUCAAAACCAGGCUGGAUCAACCCCAUAGCUGACCCUACUUGGAGCAGGGGGUGUGACUAGAGGCAUCUCUAGAGACCUUGUGCUGCUGGGGCUGAGCAGCAACUCAUCCAUGUGAGGGAAGGGGACAAAGGUAUUGUCUGGAGCCCUAUAGAAGCCAAGUAGCAAGGCACAUCUCAACCUCUAAAGCCAUACCCCACAGUGAGGGGACCUAAUCUACACUGGGGUCCUCCCUUGCACCUCAGAGAGGGCUGUCUGGCCUACAUCACGUCCUCCAGGACAUGGACACGUAGUCCAAGCAACUGGGGCACAGCUUGAACCUCUCAAUUUAUUAGGAUAGACAUUGACCUAGAGCUCUCUCCAGCCCCACAGCAGCCUCUACACCCUGGCAUCCCAAUCUCUUGAGCAUACCAGGAAGAGCUGGCUUGCUUUGGCCACCCAUUGAACAUGGCUCCUUGGAAGGGGCAGAGACAUGUCCAGGUCUCAUGUAGUAGUGAGCUUUGGUAGGAAGUUGUUUAAAUAGCUCCUACGUCCUGCCUGAUCUUCCUGGCCUAGGAGGAGAAUAAGAAGAUGGUUUUCUGAAGUAAUUCUUGCAUUGAGUUGAUGUUUUCCCAACUGGUGAUGUUGCUAUUCCAUGUAUAAGCUGACACUCAGCCACACUGUGUGUCCCAUUGGAGGGAUGUUGUCUGGAUGAGAUGGGUGCAGUGGGGCUGUGCCUAUGGAGAAGUCCUACUUGUAACAGGAAGGGCAAAGAGCAGAGUCUAGCCCCAACCCCACCCAGAGGACAUGCAUGGCCACCAAAGGGGUAUCAAGAAAAUCAGAGGGACCAUCAAAUCACAAAGGCCAAGAAACCAGCUUAGAGCCCCUGAUGAGUCCAUGUGCCUUCUCUGCCCAGAAAGAACCAAUCUGCCCAUGUGUAUACAAUGACCUUGCAAUGGUUAAAGAGGCUCUUGCAGGUAGAGAUGUGCACCCUUUGGUCAUGAUGUUUAACUUGGCCUGGAGCAGUUCAUCCCUCCAUCAGCUUGUCCUUGGUGGCUCAUCCUUGUAGUCACAAUUUGCAGCUCCUAGAGUUGUACUGUUAAUCAGGUUGCUACUUCAGUGGCUGCUCUCCACAAAAGUUGUUAUCUAGCAAGGUUUCACCAAACAUCUCUCCCUCCACCAACCCAUGGCCAGACAGUCCUGGCCCAUGGUGCCCAAAUUUUAACACCAGUCAGCAAUGUCUGGUGUAGAAGCUGAGCUGCAUGGCUCCAUCUCUUGAGCCAAAAGAGCUUCUCAAUAGACUUCCUUCCAAUCAGUACUCUUAAUUUUUUAUGUGGCCAACACUAACAUGUAAAAGGUUCAUUUAUAGGCCAGUGGGUUGACUAUAUAGGAGAGGUUUUCUCCAAGACCAGGAGAUAAGAAAUCAUCAUUUUUAUUGUCAUUCUUUGGGUAACACCACACUUUAUCAUCAGGUGGGAUGAGGGGGUUCAUUUGAACUCUGUAUCCUGCUUUUUCUCCAGCUUGUAAAAUGAAGAUUUUUAGCACUUAUUUCCCCACCUCACAGAUGCAUCAUGAGGUGUAAUUAAUUGGCAUCUAAUAAUGCCAAGAGCUGUUUGGAGUCCACAUGCAAUGGCCAGGCAUCAUGUGGUGCUACCCUGCUUUCAUGCCCAACAUCACACCCAACAAUGCACAUCCCACUCUGCCAAACUCUUUGAAAACCCCUCAUCCUUCAUGAUGAGGGGCGAAAAACCUGGCAGGACCUUCUCCUGAGAAGGC